AGCAGUAUAAGUUCAAGGCACAGUCUCCCUUCUGGCCUCUGUUCUAAGGCAACUGCGCUCUCUGCACUUCGUUUACGAUCUUCGCUGCUCUUCAGAAGAUUUUGGUAGUACUCCGAUCAAGAUGGCCACUGCGGUCUCCACGGUCGGAUCCAUCAACAGUGCUCCGUUGAAUUUGAGCGGGUCGGGCAAUGGAACACCAUCAGUCCCAGUUAGCACGGCCUUCUUCGGAAGUAGCCUGAAGAAGGCGAACUCGAGAAUUGCUAGCCCGAAGGCCACCUCCGGGAGCUUCAAGGUCGUCGCCGGCGAGGUGGACGAGUCGAAGCAAACCAACAAGGACAGAUGGAAGGGCCUUGGCUACGACAUAUCGGAUGACCAACAGGACAUCACCCGAGGCAAGGGUAUGGUCGACUCCCUCUUCCAGGCCCCGCAGGAUGCUGGCACACACUAUGCCGUCAUGAGUUCCUAUGAUUACAUCAGCACGGGCCUCCGCCAGUACGACUAUGACAACAACAUGGAUGGGUUCUACAUUGCACCUGCCUUCAUGGACAAGCUUGUCGUCCACAUCACCAAGAACUUCAUGAACCUGCCUAACAUCAAGGUUCCUCUUAUCUUGGGUGUAUGGGGAGGCAAAGGUCAAGGAAAAUCAUUCCAGUGCGAGCUUGUCUUUGCUAAGAUGGGAAUCAACCCGAUUAUGAUGAGUGCCGGAGAGCUUGAGAGCGGGAAUGCAGGAGAGCCCGCUAAGUUGAUCCGACAGAGGUACCGUGAGGCGGCCGACAUUAUAAAGAAGGGCAAGAUGUGCUGCCUCUUCAUCAACGACCUGGAUGCCGGAGCCGGGCGGAUGGGCGGGACUACCCAGUACACUGUCAACAACCAGAUGGUGAACGCCACCCUCAUGAACAUUGCCGACAAUCCCACCAACGUCCAGCUCCCUGGCAUGUACAACAAGGAGGAGAACCCCCGGGUGCCCAUCAUCGUCACCGGAAACGACUUCUCGACCCUUUACGCCCCCCUGAUCCGUGAUGGGCGUAUGGAGAAGUUCUACUGGGCCCCAACCCGUGAGGACCGGAUCGGUGUCUGCAAGGGUAUCUUCAGGACCGAUGGUGUUGCUGAUCAGGAUAUUGUCAAGCUCGUCGACACCUUCCCCGGCCAAUCCAUUGAUUUCUUUGGUGCGGUGAGGGCUCGGGUCUAUGACGACGAGGUGAGGAAGUGGAUAUCGGGUGUUGGGGUUGAAACCAUCGGGAAGAAGCUGGUGAACUCGAAGGAGGGGCCCCCAACAUUCGAGCAGCCAAAGAUUACGAUCGAGAAGCUGCUGGAGUACGGCAACAUGCUUGUGCAGGAGCAGCAGAAUGUCAAACGCGUCCAGCUGGCUGACAAGUACCUCAGCGAGGCCGCCCUCGGCGACGCCAAUGAGGACUCCAUCAAAAGCGGCAGUUUCUACGGGAAAGCAGCUCAGCAAGUAAACAUUCCGAUCCCAGAGGGCUGCACCGACCCGAACGCUGCAAACUUUGACCCGACAGCAAGGAGCGACGAUGGGAGCUGCAUGUACACAUUGGAGUGAUUAACAAAGACGAUGUACGCAUUGAUUUCAUAAAAAGCAGGAUCAACCUUCACGGAGCUUUUAUUUACUAAUAGCUAGGUGUAUAAUUUGAGUGUGGACGAGAACAUUCUUAUUCAGUUUCAGAUCUGCUUGAUUGCUGAAGAAAAGGGAGUAUGGUGGAUCAGAUGUGAAAUGAAUCAAUGACGGAUACUAUAAUUCCCUUGUUCUAAUGGAUGUUCCAAUGCUUAAUACAGAGCAGUGAGCACCA